CCAAUAUGGCGGUCCUGCUGGAGCCAGUUUUCGAAGUUUCGACGAUUUUUUCGAUUCUGUCCGUCGUUUUCACGUUUAUUUCUAUGGUGGUGUUCAUCAUAAGGCUCCAGCAUGACACCAGUAUCGUCCACCAGACAGGGCAGAACAUCCCUGUGGUCCGGAUGCAGUCAGUCUCCAACCCUUUUGUACUAGAGGUGCACCGCCCUCAACAGGCUUCUGUCUCAGAUGGUCUGUCAGUGCAGUUAACCAGUAAAGUCCCUGCAGUGUUAAGCCAUUACUGGGGAGUCCAUAUCUCAUCCUUCCACGAGCUUCUUCAGGACCAGACGCCGGGACUUCUCCCGUCCUCCCAGCAGGACAAGAUAAAGGACAUCUGUUUCAAGAAGGAGGAGGACAUCAUGAUUCCUCCAUGUGAGAACCACGUGGAGCACUUGCUUCUGUCCGGGCAGCAGGAGGAGGAGGGGAAGAGGUUUGGUCGCUCCCCCAGGUCUGUGUACCCUGUAGUUCUGGUGCUGAAGAGACAGGAGACUGCUGCAGACAUGUCCAUUGCCGGUAUGAUCUCAGUAGUGCAUGUGCCUGAUGCAGACUGUGCAGACCCAUGCCAGGUGCUGUGUCAGUACCUACUCACUGGAACAGGCAACAUGUACGACUUAAAGAGGUUAUACAUGGCUGUGGAUGACAGUGCCGACCAAACCAUGGACGAACCCUUUUCGACCAAGCACGAACCAGACCAGGAGACAGAACAAGACGACACAGCCAAAACCAGUGACGACUCAACAACAGAGGAGGACGUUAGGAAAGACUGCGUGGUGUGCCAGAACGGACCCAUCAACAGAGUGUUACUGCCGUGUCGCCACGCCUGCGUGUGCGACGCGUGCGCGGCUCACUUCCGCCAGUGCCCCAUGUGCCGGCAGGACAUUGCCUCCUCCUUCUGUAUGCAGCAUUCUGAGGGUUCUGAACAGGCGGAGGAGGAGGAGGGGGAGGGGGGUGGUGCAGAGGAACCUGCGAUCGUCCCCUGGCCGGCAUGGGUGGACAACAUGAUGAGGAGACUGAAUACAUGGGUCGGGCUGGAUGAGUGAAAUGAU